GCGCUUGCUCACUCCCAGGAUAGAUGAGUCGAGCCCAAUUCUGGGCUGGACAGGAAACAGGAGACGCAUAGCGUGCCUCACGCAACAAUCCUGGGAAAGAGAAUGAGGAUGGGAGUAUGUAUGUGUUUGCAUGUCGAGCUGUUAGUUUAAAAAAUAUGAGGACAACGGGCACUACAAUUAUUUCAACUGAUUCACAGAAGCGUGUUAUUUCGACCAUUAAUUCACGGUAUUUGGAACAAAUCUCGUGAUUACUGCCUUUGGUUUUCAUCAUCCAUUGGGCUGAACACAGAAGAGGAGCCGCUGUUAAAUCCCAAUUUGACUGACAUAAAAGCUUGGUCCUGACUGUUGCGUUGGCUUCAUUUGACCUCUGACCUGAGUGGGAGGAAGGGAGAGACACACCAGAGAUGGCUGAUAUGUCUGAUGAUGAGCUGGACCACGGGGGAGUGGAGGAGGACAGUGAUAAGGAAGACCAGGACCUGGACAAAAUGUUUGGAGCCUGGUUGGGAGAGCUGGACAAACUCACACAGAGCCUGGAUGACGGGAAGCCACAGAAGCCAGUCCAGAAGGCCCCUCUCAGACAGGAAACCAACAUGGCUAACUUUUCGUACCGCUUCUCCAUGUACAACAUCAACGAGGCUCUGAACCAGACGACAGAGACCGUAGACCUGGAUGCCCUGAUGGCUGACCUGUGUUCCAUAGAACAGGAGCUCAGCACCAUCGGCAAGCCCAACACUGGCACCGCCCGCCAGGCUAAAUGUCAACAGCGAGGCCCGGGGGGUCGCAGCGCCAGUGCCAAGCAGACUGGCAGCGGUGGAGGGGGUAGCAGCGGGGGCAGCACCAGCAGUAGUACCCGGGCGUCACCAGCCUCCACCGUCCGAGGGGGCAGCUCCAACACCCACGGGCGCCCGUCUGCAUCGAACUUCUCGCUGGACGACAUCACGGCCCAGUUAGAGCGGGCGUCACUCAGCAUGGACGAGGCGGCGCACCAGACUUCUUCCUCCUACUCCUCUGCCACCCUCCGGCGCCCCUUGGCGGGUUCCUCGUCCUCGCAGCACCGGAGGACGGGCUCAGUUGGCGCGGUUAGUGAACACGAGGCGGGGGGCCACUCCUCGAGGUCCAGCGUUAAUUCUGCGUCUGCGUCCAGCAUGGAAUCUCUGGAUAUCGACAAGGUGCUGUCUAGGACAGCAGGAGGGGCCGAGCAGGAAGAGGAGUCCCAAGGCCCCCAGCCACCACAGGGCCCGGCCAGUACUGAGCAUGCCUCACUACUGCGACGGGCCAAUGGUAAGCCGGCCAGACGGCAGCUUGACUUUACCUCACGGGAGGGUGAAGUGGAUCUGGACACUCACUCCUAUCUGGACAGAGAAACGUCCCUCAUUCUGAAAAGCAUUGCAGGAAAACCUUCUCACCUGCUGACCAAGUGGGGAGAGAAGGAUGAAAGGGCGGCCAUCUUUGAGCGCUUUUCUUUCCAUUUUUACCAAUGGAGCGUUGGAUUUAGGGCUAUCUACUGUUGGUUUGGAGUCGGACGCGUUGGGCUGAUCUGUGUGCGAGGACACGCGCGUUCUGUGUUGUGGUGGCUACCAGAGAUGGAGGUGAUGGCGUCUUGCUGGAGGGGCCAGGAGGAGCAGGGGGCCAAAGUGAAGGCCGAGAAGAUCCGAGUGGCCCUGGAGAAAAUCAAGGAGGCGCAAGUCAAAAAGCUGGUGAUCCGGGUGCACAUGUCGGACGAGAGCUCCAAGACCAUGAUGGUGGAUGAGAGACAGACUGUCAGACAGGUGCUGGACAGCCUGCUGGACAAGUCCCACUGUGGCUACAGCCCCGACUGGUCACUGGUGGAGACCAUCAACGAGCUGCAAAUGGAGCGGAUCUUUGAGGACCAUGAGAACUUGGUGGAGAACCUACUGAAUUGGACCAGAGACAGCCAUAACAAACUGAUGUUCAUCGAGCGCAUCGAGAAGUAUGCCCUCUUCAAGAACCCCCAGAACUACUUGUUGGGCAGGAAGGAGACCUCUGAAAUGGCCGAUAGGAAUAAAGAGGCCCUACUAGAGGAGUGUUUCUGUGGCAGCUCAGUGUCAGUACCAGAAAUAGAGGGAAUCCUCUGGCUGAAGGAUGAUGGGAAGAAGUCGUGGAAGAAGCGAUACUUCCUGCUGCGCGCAUCGGGAAUCUACUACGUGCCGAAAGGCAAAGCUAAGGCCUCCAGGGACCUGGUAUGCUUUCUACAGCUGGACCACGUUAAUGUGUACUACGGCCAGGACUACCGCAGCAAGUACAAGGCCCCCACAGACUACUGCCUGGCCCUUAAGCACCCCCAGAUCCAGAAGAAGUCCCAGUACAUCAAGUAUCUGUGCUGUGACGACGUCAGGACCCUCCACCAAUGGUUCAACGGCAUUCGCAUCGCCAAGUACGGGAAACUGCUGUAUGUGAACUACCAGGAGGCCAUGAAGCGCACGGAGGCGGCCUACGACUGGUCCUCCCUCUCCACCUCCAGCAUCCGCUCUGGCUCCAGCUCCGGCUCAGCCAGUCUGCCCGAGUCCCAGUCGAACCACUCGGGCCAGUCAGACAGUGGAGUGGACACGGCCUCCAGCCACGGGCGCUCCCAGAGCGUGGUCAGCUCCAUUUUCUCUGAGGCCUGGAAGAGAGGAACGCAGAUGGAGGAGAACACCAGGAUGAGGGAGUCCACCCGAGGCGCCACCCUCCCCCACCCUGCCCAAACGCACCGCCAGACGCCACAACUGGAACCCCCUGCGUUGGCUGCGCCACAACAGCAGCCGCCUCCCCAGACUCGCAGCAGCUACAUCCACGCUCUACCCCCCAAGCCACAGGGGGGUACCUCCCCCCCACUUCAACAGCAACUGCCCCCCCAGAUCCGCAGCAGUUACACCCAGGUCUUGCCUACCCUACCCCAACAGGCCUCCCCUCCACCGCCCCAACAGCCCUCCCCUCCACCGCCCCAACAGCCCUCCCCUCCACCGCCCCAACAGCCCUCCCCUCCACCGCCCCAACAGCCCUCCCCUCCACCGCCCCAACAGCUGCCCCCCCAGAUCCGCAGCAGUUACACCCAGGUCUUGCCUACCCUGCCACAACAGCCCUUCCCUCCACCGCCCCAACAGCCCUUCCCUCCACCGCCCCAACAGCCCUUCCCUCCACCGCCCCAACAGCCCUUCCCUCCACCGCCCCAACAGCCCUUCCCUCCACCGCCCCAACAGCCCUUCCCUCCACCGCCCCAACAGCCCUUCCCUCCACCGCCCCAACAGCUGCCCCCCCAGAUCCGCAGCAGUUACACCCAGGUCUUGCCUUCCCUGCCCUUCCCUCCACCGCCCCAACAGCCCUUCCCUCCACCGCCCCAACAGCAGCCGCCCCAACAGCCCUUCCCUCCACCGCCCCAACAGCCCUCCCCUCCACCGCCCCAACAGCAGCCGCCCCAACAGCCCUUCCCUCCACCGCCCCAACAGCCCUCCCCUCCACCGCCCCAACAGCCCUCCCCUCCACCGCCCCAACAGCCCUCCCCUCCACAACAGCCCUCCCCUCCACCGCCCCAACAGCCCUCCCCUUCACCGCCCCAACAGCCCUUCCCCCCACCGCCCCAACAGCCCUUCCCUCCACCGCCCCAACAGCCCUUCCCUCCACCGCCCCAACAGCCCUUCCCUCCACCGCCCCAACAGCCCUUCCCUCCACCGCCCCAACAGCCCUUCCCUCCACCGCCCCAACAGCCCUUCCCUCCACCGCCCCAACAGCCCUUCCCUCCACCGCCCCAACAGCCCUUCCCUCCACCGCCCCAACAGCCCUUCCCUCCACCGCCCCAACAGCCCUUCCCUCCACCGCCCCAACAGCCCUCCCCUCCACCGCCCCAACAGCUGCCUCCCCAGAUCCGCAGUAGUUACACCCAGGUCUUGCCCUCCCUUUCACCACCCCCCCAGCAUUCUCCACCACCCCAAGAGCUACCCCCCCAGAUCCGCAGCAGUUACACCCAGGUCUUGCCCUCCCUGCCCCCCCAGCUCUCUCCUCCACCACCCCAACAGCUGUCCCCACAGCCCUACAGCAGCUACAACCAAGCUGUGCCCCCGCCACCCCCUCCCCCGCCACCCCUGCCUGCCAGCAGCACCCCUCACUACUCGGGCCCCACAGUGUUCGCCAAGUACAGCACCAUCACCCGGCUGCAGAACCAGAACGCCGCCCACCAGGCCGCCAAUCACCACAGGGCGCAAAACAACCACCAAAGCCCACCCAGGGCGUCAGCUCAAGCCCCGCCUUCUCCACAUCAGACGGCUGUCAAACCGCUGGUCAACAACAUCAACGUCCCGCCUCCCCCGCCGCCCCCUCCCCCGCCCUCCAUGCCUGCUCUGGGGUCGGCCAUGGCCGCACUCCGGCUCGGUUCCCCCAGCCCGGCCAGCCUGCCCCAGUUCAUCCCACCACUGCCGGAGAGCAACGGCAUCCCCCCUCCACCUCCUCCUCCACCGCCCCCCGACCCCAUGCCAGGUCUGUGCCCAUUGCCCUACGGCGCCAACGCCCUCCGGCAGGCACUGGCCCAGAAGUUCCCCAGCGGUCCCCUCCAGGGCCUCUGUCCCCCCGCUGCCAGACUGGUAGAGUCGCCGCCGCCACCGCCUCCUCCCCCGCCACCGCCUCCUCCCCCUCCACCUCCCCCUCCUACCCCACCGCCUCCCCAGAAGCUCUCGGUGCCUCCCCCACCUCCUCCUCCCCCACCUCCUCCUCCCCCAACUCCUCAGCAGCAGUACUCGCCCGCAGCUGCUCCCCCCCCUGCCCUACCCAAAACCUUCUCCCCGGGCUUUCUGCUCCACCACAGUGCCCGGAAGACUCUCUACCCUGUUUCCCCUCUCCCCCCCGCCCCACCUGCUGCCCCUACUCCUCCCCCACCCCCGCCCCCUCCUCCUCCGGUGUCAAUGAAGAAGCAGCACAGCCUCCAGAUAGUCCACACCCCCAACCAGCCCCCUCCCACAUUUCCCAAGCAGCACAGCAUCUCCAAGCCGCCACCCAUGUCAUUCACGGCUCCGCCCACCACUACCUCCCUGGUCAAACAGAUGGCAAGCCAGUUCCCAGGGUCCACACUGUCAACCAAUCAACUUGAGAGCGCCAAAGCCCCCCUAUCCCCUCCUGCGGUGAAGGCCAAACCAAGAUGGCAGCCAGGCUGUGGACAGGCCCAGCAACAGGCCUCUGAGUUCCCUCCACCCGCUUCUGAGAGCAGCCUGCCGUUCACUCCUCCUCCCCCUCCUCCUCCGCCCCCACCUGCUCCAGUCACCAGCCUUGCCCCUCUUGCUCCACCUCCCCCUCCCAUCACUGGCCCCACCCCUCCGCCUCCCCCUCUCCCCCCCGGCAACCUAUGCUCGCCCCUGAAGAGAUCUCCAUCGGGCUCCUCCACACCCUCCUCAGGCUUCUCUGGCUGGGGGGGCAGGAAGCCCCCGCCCGCCACCCCCCAGAAGGCCUCCAGCAUCAAGUCUAACUCUUCGGCUGAAUACCAGGAGUCCCGCAGGAACCUUCUCAGCAAGUUCGCCCCCCAGUCCUCCUCUUCCCCCUCCACCAUCCCAUCCUUCCCUGCCGUGUCCUUGGGUAGUUCUCCCUCUAAGGACCCCUCCUCCUCCCCGGCCGCCCCCCCGGCGCCCCCCAAGCCAGGCAAGUUGAACCUGGCCAACCUGCCCCUGGCCCUGCAGGCCAAAGUGGGUCAAGUGGGCCAGCAGCACCAGUCCACCGCCGACUUCCCUCGCGCCGUGGCCUACUUCCCCACUCCCCCGCCGGCUUUUGAUCUCUUCCCCCCUCCACUGCCCAGUGACGGCCACGUCGGGGCACCUAAGGUAGCAGUGGUCAACCCCCAGCCAAAAGUACCGCCUGCCCCUCCCGGUCCCCCUCCCCCCGCCACCAUCAACUCCUCCUGGGGCAAGGGCUCCCUGAAGAAGGCCCCUCCCCCCACGCUGCAGCGGAACCAGCCGUCUCCCCCGGCCCUGUCCCCGCCUCCCAAGCUGCCCCUGCCUACCUCGCCCCCCAAGGGGAACGGCAACAACGGCGCCCCCCAGCCGGGCAACUUCAUGGACGACCUGAACCGGACUCUGAAGCGCAAGUCGGUGAGCCGGCAGGGCUCGCUCUCCUCGUCCCGCCUGUCCGGCCCCAAGUUGGAGCCCGCCUCAGGCACCAUGGACGACAUGGAGUUGGCACUGCCCCCUCCACCGCCCGAGUUGCUGUCAGGGGGGAACGUCUCAGGCUAUGCAACGCUACGGCGGGGGCCCCCACCGGCCCCACCCAAGAGGGGGGGCAACACCAAACUGACACACUGACCAGGGGAGUGGUAGAAAGGGAGACUGUUGGAUGAUGCCUACUUUACCUCUCUUGGAGAGGAGCUUAUAUCUAUCAUAUAUCUAUCACACAGGACCGUCAGUGGACAUUGACAAACUGAACUCCUCGUGUUCCAUGAUUAUGAUGGUGAAUACUUAACCAUGUAAAUAAGGAAACGCCAAACCAUGUAUCAGCUUCUUCUUCGCCGUAUGUUUGUGCCACGUAGUCAGAACCAUAAUAACGACUCAUUCAUUCUGCAUUGGUACUGCAUGGACAUGCUGUAAAACAUGAAGCUCUGUGUGUGUGUGUGUGUGUACCCGUUUUGUGUGCGUACCCGUGUAUGUGUGCAUAUGCAUCCAUAUGUGUGAGAGCGAGAGAUAAAUGGGGGACAGCUCAUAAAGGAAGGCCUCUGUAAUAGGGAUUGCUAUUUUGCCUCUGUUUUUAUAUGAAGUUAUUUAAUACAUGAAAGGAUUUUCUUUAUAGUUACGUUUUUAAAAGCUGCAAGUAUGUUGGAGAGAUGCGCAUAAGAUCGAAAAACUUUAAUCAAUGAGAUAAGAAUUCUCAGAGAGUUUUGACAUUUCCUAAGUAUUCCCUGAAUGUUUUACAAGUGUCUCGCUCGGUGACACGCAAAUCGGAAGGACGCCUUUUUUCACAGACGAUUGCACUCUCGAAAGAAUCUCCAAAUGGAAAAAAAUGAGAUUCUCUCCUCCCAAAGGCACGAAACCAUGACUGUGCACCUGGUAACAUUUGUGACUGGGAAUAAUUUUUUGUUUGUUAAUUUUUUAUUUAAUGCAUACAAUUGUUUUGCUUAACUGAAGAAUGGAACGGCACGUCGUGUGUAUGUCUUUCGAAUGCCCUGUGGGUUGUGUGCUGUGUUUGUUUGACCUUUGACCUGACCGGCAUCUGAGUCGGGUUCAUUAGGCACCAAGCAGAAGAAACGGACUGUGUAACAGGGAGGGACUCACUGGAUUUGUCCAAUAAGAGAAACACAUUUUCGAUUUUCGUUGGGACAUGCUUUAAAAUGUUUGGUGCCUAAUGAACAUCUGCUUCUGUUUAUCUGUACAGUAACAGCUUCUGCUCCCCUCCCAUUUAGAUUGUCACAUGACAUGGCCUAAAAAUCAUAGAAAUAGAAUGUACAGAGUGGGGGCAGCUAUGCUCCAGGUGCCGUUUACCAUAUACUCAGUUAUUCUCAACAUGGUGGCUAAAAUUGAAGCGACACGUUGUUGCUUUAAGGUACUGAUCAUUGAAUUAUGUUGCCAGUAGCAUUAGACUAGACCUGACUGGCUAAAUUAAUUCACAAAUUCCCGUCUGGCUCGCAUUAAAAUUGAAUGUUGCUUUCUAUAUCCUGUUUUUAUGGCCUAAACAUCCCAGUGUGGUGCAGUUUCCUGCUUCUCCUGCCAAAGGGCAGUGCAGAGAGGGGGCGGGCGGGGUUCUCGUACCAAUGCCUUCAUUUCAAGGGUGCUAGUACUUAUUGUCCUAAUAAGCCUGGAUAUCAAGGUGCUGACAUCUUAAAAGUUCAAUGUAGGGUGUGUCCCAAUUCUCCACUAUUCUCCCGAAGUGUGACCAUCUUGGAUUGGAUUGAUAGAAGCAUUAGCUUCGGUUUCCACUAUUUUCAGCAAUAGCUACAGUAUAGCGACCAUAACCAAAUAAAGCUGAAUGACUGAACUCAAGUGGACCAUGAAUGUUGAGGGACCACUACUAGACGCAUAAAACAUGCUGUCAUGUUAAUCUUGCUUAUCUAUAUUGCUUCUGCUCUGUAUUGGUGAAAUUGGCUCUAGACGCUGAUCUUGGGUCAGUUGCGCAUUUUUGCUGGUUGGGGGCAGGGAAGCUGAUCCUAGAUCUGUACCUAGGGGAAACUUCACCCCAGAGCCUGUGCAUUUUCAUGAUUGAAUAUCAUCCUUUUCAGGUUGUUGGUUUGCAGUAUGUCAAACUGAAGUAGGCAUUAAACUAUUGACGUGUUGUGUAUCUGAUUUUGGGGGCCAUAUGAAACUAAAUGAAUAAAACGGGGGGAGAUUGCA